CUAAAACCAGUGCCGAGCUGACCGUAUUUUUUAGCGACUUAGCUCGGUACAAGAGCCUUGCUCCAUCACCAGCACAACGCCUCACCAUGUCACAGUCGCCUUCAUCGGCUGGUGCAAUGGGAAUUGGGAACGUGCUCAACAUUAAAGCUGAGCCAGGCGCCCAACAACAACCCCAACAGGGCGCCACACCCGAACUGCAACAGCAGCGUCCCCCCCAGCAACUCCAACAACCCCAGCAACUCCAGCAACCACAACAACUCCAACAGCUCCAACAACAACUCCAGCCACUUCAAGCCCAGGUUGACCGACAAAACUCGCCGCACGGUUCGGAGCAAUCGCGGUAUUCAGGCCCGAUGAACGCGUCUUACCCUUCCCCAACUGCCAUGGCGGCCACUCCGUUACCGCCCGUGCCCAACGCGAACAUGGCCCCAGCACCCAUGGUCCCCCACGAGAUGCAGCAGAAUCUCGGAAUGCCGCCUGCGGGUUAUCAGCCAGCCCAAGCCCCUCCUCAGCCGCCCGCAAAGCAGUUCCCUUGUAGUACAUGUGGAAAGCCGUUUGCCAGGCGCAGCGACCUUGCACGGCAUGAGCGGAUCCACAGCGGUAUCCGGCCCCAUGUUUGCGAUUAUCCUGGGUGCGGCAAGCAAUUCAUUCAAAGGUCUGCCCUGACCGUCCACUCUCGCGUGCAUACUGGUGAGAAACCACACCUGUGCGAGCGAUGUGGCAAGCCCUUCAGCGACAGCAGCUCCCUGGCUCGGCACCGUAGGAUCCAUUCCGGCAAGCGACCUUACAAGUGUCCUUAUGCCGACUGCCAAAAAACCUUCACUCGUCGCACGACCUUGACCAGGCAUCAAAACCAUCACGUCGGCACAGUGGAGGACUCGGCACGUGCACGGGCCGAGGCCUUGGCUCAAGGUGCGAGCGCUGCUGCCGCCGCGGCUGCUAGGAGCAAGUCACGUUCUGGAAGCGAACCAGCUUCGAACCACGAGUCUCCACUGACUACAACACCCUCUCCGGGUCAGCGCCCGAUUUCCAUGUCGCCGGGUGCGGAAUUGGCCGGCAUAAACAACAUGCAGUAUUUGAGCAACUCGAUCCCGCCCCACCUCCGAGGUGAUGUCCAUGUCGGCAGCCCGUCGCCGACAGCGUCUUCAGGGUACAACAACGGCAUGCGCCCCACGUCGCACCCCACCGGAUAUGCUCCUCCGCAGACCCUAGAGCCGAGCAUCGAGCAGCCGCAGCAAGGACCUGGAAGCGCAGGCGGCAGUCCUCAUAUCGGCAGUGUCGGUUGGGCCUCGCCCGGCCCUGUCGGCUCUCCUACCCAGAGCCCCAACGGGAACGGAUACGUCUAUCCCGACCCCGAAUCGUACCCGAGCGGCACCCCGAUCGCUCAAAUGUUCUACAAUAGCGCAGUGGCAGCCCGCCGCCCCGACAGCACAGAGCCAGGGAACCCUUCGUUUGACACUAAGGGUCGUCAGGGAGACCUCUGGACGAAUGCCCAGUAGUAACGGGCCACGCCAGACUUCAAUCUCUGUCGAGCACGGGCAGCGACGAUCGGCGAGAGAUAUCCGCCAUAAUGAAGCGAUGGCCUACUUGACCUCAUCUUCUUUGACAUUUUAACUCCUCUCUCACGAGAGACCUAAUCAAUGGCCAGGAUCAAUGGCCAACCGCAAAAACAUCACAACAUGCUGCAUUAUGG